AUGGAAGAUCUAGCAGUCAGAUAUACCGGUGAGAGCAAUAUCCCCCGUUUCAUCAGCGAGGGUGAUGUCCUGUUCGCUUGGUGGGCACGAGUCGUUCUUCGGGCAGCUAAACCAUCACCCAACCAGACAAUCAACAUGCGAAAUACAUACUGUUGCAGAUCGCUUCUGGCAGAUCUUGGCCAUAUUCCAUCCGCUGGUUCCGCAUUGGUAACCAACGCCGUCUUUACAACCUUGACUUUCCUCCUUGUUCACCAGGUCCUCGAAGAACCCUUGGGUUUCACCGCCUUCGAAGUGCGCAAUUCUUUGGUUGACUAUCGAUAUAUGAAUUGA